CGGCGGCGGUUGUUCCGCUUCCCCUCUGGCCUGGGCCGUCGCCAUUGCCGAAGGCUCUCUGCCCUCCCCUCCCGGCGCCCGCGGGGCUCGGCUGCCGCUCGGCCUAGCAGUAGCAGCGGCUGCGCUCCAGCGCGGCUCCUCUUCCCGCCCCGCUUCCCCUUCCCUCCCCUCCCCGCCCCGCGUCGCGCGCUUGCUCGGGGCGGCUCCUGAGCCCGCCGGGAGCUCGGCCGGAGGCUCCUCGCUGGGGCGGGGACCUUUCCUCGCCUGGGGUUGAAAAAUAAAUCGUGGGAUAUAAAAUAUACAGUAGUGCUGUGACAUACUCCCAUCAAGGAAGACAAAAAGCUGCCAUAUCAUAAUUCGGAAUCAUGUCCGAUAACGGAGAACUGGAAGACAAGCCUCCAGCGCCCCCUGUGCGAAUGAGCAGUACCAUUUUUAGCACUGGAGGCAAAGACCCUCUGUCGGCCAAUCACAGUUUGAAACCGUUGCCCUCUGUUCCAGAGGAAAAAAAGCCCAGGAAUAAAAUCAUCUCUAUAUUCUCAAGCACAGAGAAAGGAAGUAAGAAGAAAGAGAAGGAAAGGCCAGAAAUUUCUCCUCCAUCUGAUUUUGAGCACACCAUCCAUGUUGGCUUUGAUGCUGUUACUGGAGAAUUCACUGGCAUGCCAGAACAGUGGGCUCGAUUAUUACAGACCUCCAAUAUCACCAAACUAGAGCAAAAGAAGAAUCCUCAGGCCGUGCUGGAUGUCUUAAAGUUCUAUGACUCCAACACAGUGAAGCAGAAAUAUCUGAGCUUUACUCCUCCUGAGAAAGAUGGCUUCACUUCUGGAACACCAGCACUGAACACCAAGGGAUCGGAGACGUCAGCAGUAGUAGCAGAGGAAGAUGACGAUGAUGAAGAGACCGCUCCUCCUGUUAUUGCCCCACGACCAGAUCAUACAAAAUCAAUUUAUACACGGUCUGUUAUUGAUCCUAUUCCUGCACCAGUUGGCGAUUCUAAUGUUGAUAGUGGUGCCAAGUCUUCAGACAAACAGAAAAAGAAGGCCAAAAUGACAGAUGAAGAGAUUAUGGAGAAAUUAAGAACUAUUGUAAGCAUAGGUGACCCUAAGAAAAAAUAUACAAGAUAUGAAAAAAUUGGGCAAGGGGCUUCCGGCACAGUUUUCACUGCUACUGAUGUAGCAUUGGGACAAGAGGUUGCUAUCAAACAGAUUAAUUUACAGAAGCAGCCAAAGAAAGAAUUGAUCAUUAAUGAGAUCCUGGUGAUGAAAGAAUUAAAGAAUCCUAACAUAGUUAACUUCCUGGACAGUUACCUGGUGGGAGAUGAAUUGUUUGUGGUAAUGGAGUACCUCGCUGGGGGAUCACUAACUGAUGUUGUAACAGAAACCUGCAUGGAUGAGGCACAGAUAGCUGCUGUAUGCAGAGAGUGUUUACAGGCAUUGGAGUUUUUACAUGCUAAUCAAGUGAUCCACAGAGACAUCAAAAGUGACAAUGUGCUUUUGGGCAUGGAAGGAUCAGUUAAACUCACUGACUUUGGUUUCUGUGCUCAGAUCACCCCUGAGCAGAGCAAGCGAAGUACUAUGGUUGGAACGCCAUACUGGAUGGCACCAGAGGUGGUUACACGGAAAGCUUAUGGCCCUAAAGUGGACAUAUGGUCUCUGGGUAUUAUGGCUAUUGAGAUGGUAGAAGGAGAGCCUCCAUACCUCAAUGAAAAUCCCUUGAGGGCCUUAUACCUGAUAGCAACUAAUGGAACCCCAGAACUUCAGAAUCCAGAAAAACUUUCCCCAAUAUUUCGGGAUUUCUUAAAUCGAUGUUUGGAGAUGGAUGUGGAGAAAAGAGGUUCAGCCAAAGAAUUGUUACAGCAUCCCUUCCUGAAACUGGCCAAACCAUUAUCCAGCUUGACACCACUGAUCAUGGCAGCUAAAGAAGCAAUGAAGAGUAACCGUUAACAUCAUUGCCGUGGCCUCAAUUCUUUUUUCCAUUUUCUAAAAGAAGUCUUUUAAUAUAUGAAAAUUAUUACUCUUUGGGGGUUUAAAGAGAUGGUCUGCAUAACAUGGAGGAAUAAAAGCAAACUACUACUUUCUGAAGACAACCAAGAGAAAAAUGGCAAAACCAAAUGACAACUUUCUAUUGAAUCCCUUCUUUAGGGUCCAAAAGGACUUGUGGACUGAAUCACUAGCCUUACGUCUUUCAGCAGAAAGCCCAUCAGGGCCAUGUAUCAUGCUUGAGAUUUGCAUUUUAAUUUGCUGACUUCAUUAAAAUAGAGCCCAUUCAUUGUCCCUUUGAGGGUAUUUUCAAUACUUGAAUGGCAGAUUUGAGUUUUUCAGAGUAUUUGUUUCAUCUGCUAGUCUUCUUUCCUCUCUUCAUAGCUUCCUUUUUCCUUGACUUGCUCCUUUUGAGUUGUUUUGAGAAAUCUUUCUUAUGCCUAAACUAGAGGCAAGUGUGAUAGAAAUUAUGUAGCUCCUUAUAUUGGCAAAGGAGCCCUAUAAUAGGUUUAACUUUGUAUAGAAGUUAGGACCAGCUAUUGUUACAUGUACUAUUUCAGUUCAGAAUUUGAACUGAAGGAAGGGAAGAAAAGUAUGUGAUUUUUACCUUUUUUAACAAAUGUGAAAGAGUCAAUUUUAGAAAUUUCAUGGUAGUGAGCUGUUUGGCAUUUGUUACAUGUAUAGAGAGAAGACUAAUAAUCUAUAUUUAUAACUAAAUCAUUGAGGCAGAAAAAGAAUCCCAUUGAUUAUACCUUCUUACAGUUUUGUUUUCCCUUCUGACUAUGUCCUCUUCAGAUUUGGCUUCAGGACUUUGUGCCGCUACUUUCCCCUUCCCUCUUUUUUCCCUUCAUUUUGGAAAUAAGUUUCUGUAUAUGUUGUAAUUUUAGCUAGUUUGUUUUUUAAUUAACCCUCUCUCACUCUACUCCUCCCCCCUUCCCAUGGUAAAUAAUAUAAUAACCAUUGAAUUUUCAGAAUAAAGUUAACCUUUUUUUUCCAUUUAAAGGAGAAAAAUAUUUGGAGCUAGCAGAGACAAAGAGGGAGACUUAAAUCUUGGUGAGCUCUAAAAUAAUUAGAUAAGAUUAUAUUCAUGAAAGAGAAAUGUCGGUUAUAUAGAUACGCAGCUUCUGACCAGUAAACUGUAGAGAUUUGUUAUAAAUGUUGUUUCCCACCCAUUACCAAAAAAUUACUGUCUAUGAGAACUUAAGUGACAAUAUACAUUUUGAUAAAUUCAUGGGUCAUUUGAAAUGCUGAGUUACUUUAGAUUUUUUCAAAUAAGUAAAUAAUAUUCAUGUAAAAAACUGGAGAAAGGAAGAAAAAUGAAAUGUACUUGUUGAUGGCAAUACUUUUUAUUUUAAAGAUUUUAAAAAGGUCUGUGACCUAUAGCAUUAUUAGAGUGCCCUCUCUUCUCCCCUCUCCUCCUCUCCUCUUCAAGACUUUCUCUCUUUUUCUCUCAUUUUUUUAAAUUGUUUUGACUGAUGGAGGCAGCAUUGUCUGUUCUGACAUGCCAGGAGCCAUGUAAAAGAGUCUGUGGUUUGGUUCUGGCAGUUGUUCCCACCGUUCACUUCUAGUUGACUUCACACCUACCUGCCAUCCUGCAAUAGUACAAAUCAUCAAUAGAAAUAGUUUUGAUGUUUUGGAGUACAUUAGGAGAACUAAUAGAGUUUUAUUUCCUGUCAUUCCCAUCAUAUCUGUGUUAGGAUAUAGGUAUAAGGGUAGAAGUGGCUGGUUUUUUAUUGAUAAUGCAGGAAGAUUUUCACAAAAAUGAGUAAAAUAAUUAAUGAAACUUAAAUCUAGAGCACUUAAUGGUCUCUUUUCAGUUUGAUUAUUGACUUCAUUUUUCUCUGGAUUAUAUUGGCCUUCUACAGCUGUUACUAAAUUACAGAAACAAGCUGGUUUAUUUCUGGUGGAAAGCUACAGUGUCUCUUGAGUUCCAGAUUUGAACAUUCUUUGUAAAUAGUUGUCUGGAUGGAUUAUGAUGAAGAAGAUGCAACCAAUGAAAUAGAAAAUCAACUAGAUGAUGUAAGACUGAUCAUUAUGACCACUCUAGAAGGCACUUCCAUACAUAAGUCAUAAAGACUGUAUUCAUUGAAUGCAGUGCCAAUGCUCCAUUUUUAUGCCUGUGACUCAUCAAAGGUCUUUUCAGUUUAUAGAAGCAGUUUGGAAUUUGUAUUUACAGCUUCUUUGAUGGUUACUGUAUGUCCAUUGCUGGCAACGGACUUUUGUCAUUAAAACCUGACUCCUAGGUUAAGGGAGCUACACUGUGGUUUAUUCUUUACUUACUUGGAUAAACUAACUUGUAAUAGAAAUAUGCUUUGGUUAAUACUGAAAUGUGUCAGUUUUUAAUAAUCUUAAUCUUAAAAGCAAUACAGAAUUGUGAUUUAUUAAUUUUAAAUUAAAAUGGUCAGAUCUUGUUGCAAGAAAAAUUAUAUUUGAAUCAAAAUUCAUGUUUUUUUAAUUAACUACCUUUUCUAUUCACCCUUUUUGUCAUUACUUGAGAAUGAAAAUUCCUGUUGAAAUCUAAGUUACCUUAGUAGUCCUCUGGUAUUAUUAGGACAGUAUUACUUACAGUAUUUAUUGUAUUUCAGACUCUCUGGCAGUCUAAAAGUUUCCUUCGCCUCUUGUUCCUUUUGCUGCUUUUAGGGACAGUUAAAACUGGGAAACCAUGAAACUAUCGAACAUUUUAUCCCACCUAGAAUAGUGAACAAGUAGAGGGAUUGUACUAGCAUAAGAAACCAAGGCUACCACAACUCUGUCUUCAUGAGUGCAUGGCAUGUAGUAUCAAUUCUCUUUCCCUCAACAUAUAAAUAUUAAGCUGCUUAAAAUGUGUCUAGUUACCACCAGUCCUGAAUGAACCGGUGCCUUUAAUAUGCAAUUUAAAACUACCUAUGAGUAUUUCUUUGUAGGGCUCACAUAAAUACUUGUUUGUUUAUAUAUUACUGUAUUCUAGCCAGAAUAAUUUUAGAUCUGAUCAGGCAGUAGCUAUAAUUAGAAAAAAAAUGGGUGCUUUAAAAAUGUGUAUGAGUUUUUUAAUCUGAAAGUAAAAGUUUAAAAAUAUACUGAGAUCCAUAUCCAGUGAACUGUCCAAAUCAUUUAUAGAAUAUAGUAAAAUACAGAUUAAUACUCGGGGUUUUUUAAUAGUGAAAUUUCAUAGUAAUAUAAAAAGCAGAUUGUCUUCCUUAUCUCAACUGCUCCCACAAUAGAUAAACAAUUAAAGUCAGUUUUUCCACAGUGCGUGUACAUGAGUAUGUGUAAGAAAGGAAAAAAUACACACACACAGAUUUUAUUCUUCACUAACACGUUUAUUGACCACUUGGGCAGAGACACUGUGGUGGUAGAUAUUGUGGGAAUUACAGAGGAGAACCAAGCACUGGCCUGGCUUUGAGUGAACUGAAGUCUUUCUCAUUCACCAUUCUAGAAUGUUGCCAAAUGAGAGAAAAAGAAAUUAUGAUAAUUCUGUCAAACACAUUUCCAUUCUGUAUUAAACAGAGAACUAUAUUUGGAAUUGAACAUCUUUGGUAGGACUAUCUUGCUUUUUUUUUUUUGGUAGAUGGAAUUAAGUGAAAGUAACUUGUCUUUUCUGUUUUGUCUUCAAAUUUUAUAUUGACUUUUAUUUUUAAUUUAAUCCCAUUCAAUUAUUUAAUUGUUACAUUGACAUUAACUGCUGUAUUUGAUGACCUUGUUCAAUAAUUUUGUUCUUUCAGGGCUAGAAAUAAACUUUUUUUUAAUGUUCAUUUUUUCUUUUCCUAAACUUUAAUUCUUCCUUUAGAUCAGAAUAGCUUAAAAAGUAAAUGCAAUAGGUUUUCAGAGAACAUUCUAGUAUUUUUAAAGAUAAAUGUUUUUUAAACAUGUCAUGGCACCAUUUUGAAUGUAUUACAAAGCUCCAAAUUGGAAAGAUUUUCAGAAAUUUAUGAGUAAUAAGCAUGAGCCUUCCCUCUUUUAAUCAGGUUCAGAAAGUUUAUUCAAAAUGUUCUGGCUUUCAGACCCAGGACAAUACUUCUGAUCUGUUGGAAUACCUUCAGUAACUUGGCCGGAAACUGUUAAUGCUUACUUAACUGAAGUAGUAAGAAUCUUACUAGAAUUUCUGUGUUAAAUGCACUAAAUAUCUUUGAAAGUGCAAUACUUUAAGGCAUUACUUUAUUAUAUACAUUUAAUUUGAAUACUGGAUAUCCUGACAUGAAGAACAGCUGAAUUAUAUAGAGUUCACCAUGAAAAAACAAAAUUAGACAUUUAUAGCCUGGGGUGCAGUCUGUAGACAAUGACUGCUUAAAGUAUAUUUGUUACACUAUAAAACUGUUCAGUGCUAUUCUAACAUUUAUAUUUCUUUGAACUAAAGCAAAUGCUCAAAACAUUUGCCUAAGAAAAGUUCAGAAAUUCCUGGACAAUUGAUUUGAAAAGCACUAUUUGUAGGAGAUUAAUACAUGCUUUACUACUACUUUGAUAUUUGUGGCUUUUUUUAGACUAGGGAAUUAUUUUUUAUGCAAAUUAUUUAACAAAUUUUAUCUUUCAAAAGAGGAGGAGGAGUAGAACAAUGAAGGGAAAGGCCUUUUUUAAGCCUAGUUGUUUAAGGUUUUUAACAAUGUAAUGUACAUAGAUUAAAAAUUCAAAUAAUCUUAAAAGAGUCACAAUAAAGGGUGCCAGUCCCCAGCUGUAAACUUCCUCACCACAGAGUUCUGCUCCACAGAGGCAUCUGCUUCUAACUUGGAGCUGUUUUUAGCAUGCAUUAUUCUUCACAUUUCUAAAUUAUGUAUGUACACAGGUAUUUCUUAACAGUUCAAUAUUUUACUUUAUCUAGAAACUUCGUAUUAUAACAGUUGAGAAUUUGGUUACUGUUAAACCAUCCCGUUCUCCCAUUUCUACUUCCUCUAGUCUCCCAAUUAAGAAAAGUGGCAAUGUUUUAUUCCAUUAGUGGCCAGUUUUUACCUUACAACUUUCGGGGAGUGUUGUUCGCUUGAGUCAAGUAAUUUAUUAUCAUUACAUGUCACGUCUUAUACAACUCUUUGCUUUUCCUGUUGUUAACUUUUGUCUUUUUGUUUCGUUUGAAACUUUCUAUGUUCCUAUCACUGAGUUAUUCCAAACUCACCACAAAGGCCCUGUGAAGACUAUUUUCUAUAGAAUUAUUGUCUUAGAUUAUGACAGUUCCUUCUUCUUUCCUGGAACUUGAUUGGGCUACAGUUUGGAUUCUUUCUCUCGAGGCCUUCUGCCACUCUGACACCUGAAACUCAAUUUCACUUUCCUUGUGAGUUAGAUCCUUUGUUUCUUCCUCAUUUUGGAGAAGAACAUCUUUCAUGAGUGUCCUGAGAGGGGUGCAUUAUAGGUAAGAUUUUUAAGAACUUACAUCUGAAAAUGUCUCAUUUAAUUGAUAAUGAAGGAUUUUAGGUUGGAAAUCAUUUUCCUUGAGAAUUCUGAAGUCCCCGCUUUGCUGUCUUAAAACUUGCCAUUUCUGAUAACACCUUUAUAUGUAACCCAUUUUUCUGCCUCUCUAGAGCUUUUGUGCUGAAAGUUUACCAUGAAAUGCCUUGGUGAGGAUCUCUGUUUAGCUUUUGACAGCCCUUCGUGGUAACAGACUAAUUUUCUUCAGUUCUGGUAAAUUCUUAUAUUAUUUCUGUAAUAAUUGCCACUUUUCCCCCUGUUAUUUAUUUCUGGAAUUUUAACAUUGGUCUUCUGUUUUUCUUAUCUUUCUCUCCUGUUUUCUAUCUCUUUGCCUUUUAACUUUCUAGGAGAAUUUCCUCAAUUUUAUCUCUGGCACUUCUCUGAACAUGUAUCAACAAUCACAUUUUUAAUUUCCAAAAGGUCAUUCUUGUUUUCCGAUCUCCCUUUUUAUAGCCUUCCAUUCUUGUUUCGUAAAUUCAUUCUCUUUCCUAGUGUAUUAAUUGUGAGAGUUUUUUCUUAGCCCAAGAUGCCAUAACAAAAUACCAUAGACUGAGUGGUUUAAACAACAGAAGUUUAUUUCUCACAGUCACGGAAGGCUUGAAAGUCCAAGAUCAAGAUGCUGGCAAAGUAGUUUUCAUUCUGAGGACUUUUGGUUUGUAGGGGGCGGCCACCAUCUUGGCUUUCACAUAAAGACUUUUUUACAGAUGUCUGGUGAAUACCUGCAGAUCAGUGCUGUUUCUGUAACACUAGUCUAGCACUGUCUGGCAGUGCACUGAACAAAUACUCACGUACAUGCUGGUUAUUCUCAGUUCUCAGCAGAGCUUAGUGCUCUCCACCACUCAUUCAUUUCACUCCUAGAUCUCUUUCCUCUCUCUUUUUCUCCAGACUUUCUCAUGACUCCCAAGCCCUUUAUUCCACCAUCUCAACACUUUCUUGAACCUUAUUGCCAGAAUUUUCUGGCUUUUAGUCUUUGUCGCCUUUUGGUCCAAGUGAAAGAUAUUCUUCCCAUCAAUGGCUAACUUCACCAAGGACCCGUUCUCUGUAUUUUACCACCUCCUAGGUCUUCUGGCUGCUCUGACAUAUCCUGACUCUCCUAGACCUUUUGGCUGUCCCUCCACUCUUUCUAACCCUCAGCAAAACAGGCAUACUCACCUAUCUUUUUUUUUUUUUUUUUUUAACUAUUUCCUUUGACUUUUCUCAGGUAAACUUGUGGAAAGAGGAGACCAAACUUCCUGUUUUUCUCUUCAUUAUCAUAUUGCGUCUACCCUCAGCAUGUCAUCGAAACUACCCCUAUCAACAUCUCCCAAUCAGAGUUUCCAGGAGAGCCUCAAAACAUCAAAAAGAUGACUUCCCUCGACUAUUUACUAGUGUGUUCACUAGUUUGUUUGAGAAUUCCUAAGAUUCUACUUGUUAUCAGACUUCCUUGGUGUGAAAUAGAGGACUUUUAUUCCUAACUUUUUUAAAAUGCUAUGACCAGAUAUUUAUUUUGGGCAAAGGUCUAGAAUGUGACGUAGGUGUGGAUUUGGUCAGACUUUAGUCGGUAGGAUUCUGUUUUCACCAUUGCAGAUAAAAUAUACAAGCAGCUCUUGGCAAUUGAGAGGGAAGAGUGGUGAGGAUUAAUAAAGCAAAUUCUUGAAAAUUUCUUAAGAACUUAAUUUGUAAUGUACGUUAUUUGAAUAACAGAUUUGCCUUCCUGAUAAUUUUGUUUAGUCUUACAGUGUGUUUUCGUUCGUUGAGUAUAUUAAUGUGGGCACCCAGAGGAGAAAGUCUUGUCUAAGUAUGUGCAGAGUGGCGGAGGAAGGCCACCCCAGCCUUAAUUGUAGAUUCUUGGUCAGAAAUUAAGAGUUGAUGAGUACCUAUGUCUUUAUAAUGAGAUUUUUAUGGCCUCUAUAUUUCUGAUUAAAACUUAUUAUCCAUGCAUUUUAGUUUUUAUUUAGGGAAAAAGGUAAAAAUACUGAUUUUCCAGAAGACAAAAUAUGUUCAGUAUAUGGUGGCGGGAUUUCUAUAAAUUUGUAACUCAAGAAGUUGAUUAUUUUGAAAGCAACAAUACUCAUGUGGAUGUCUAAUUUCUUGUGUACUUGUUAAAAGGUAUCUGUCACAUUAACUUUUAUCCACAGAUCCCAGUUUGUGUUCUGUAACAGGUGAAAAUAUCUCACACUGUGCCGCCUUUUUUUUUUUUUUU